AUGUCGACAUACGCAGAAAGAAGGAGCGCGCGGCAUCCGCGCGGUCGCGAUGCUCCGGCCUCGUCCAGUCGCCAUCCAGCGCCAUCCAGUCGACGCCGAGCUGCGGAAGAAGCUCCCGCUCCUGCUUCCCCCUCGACAUCCGCCUCGACCUCGCCUGCACCGCAAAGCGAUGAGGAAGAUCAGGACUCGACGCAUUCGCUGCGCCUCUUGCCGUACACACGGCUCACCGUGGGCGACGGCGCGCGAAGGGAAGCCGAAAAGCUGGGCGAGACCGAGGUGAAGAAAAAAGCCGCCGAGCUCGUCCGCUACGCGCUCGCAUGCGAGUAUCAACGCGUCCUCAUCCGCAAGGACGACAUCCGCAACAAGGUGUUGGAAAAGAGCGGCUCGCGCGCCUUUAGCGUCGUCUUUAACGCUGCGCAAAAGAUGCUCCACAAUACGUUUGGAUUUCACAUGGUCGAGGUGCGGCCCAGGGGCGCUGACAAUGCCGAGCUGGCAAAGCAGGCCGAGCAGGUGCUGCGCGCGGCUGCAUCGUCCGCAAACGGAUUACGACCGCGCGGCCAGCGCGCCGAAUCCGCAGAGCCCGCCGGAGACGGCUCGCUAGGAAGCAACAUCUGGGUGCUCAGGUCGGCGCUGCCCUCCUCGAUCAACAAGGCGCUCGUCAGCGUAGAUCAAGGGCUUUCCAAGGCCUUUGCGCAGUCCACCUCGUCGGAGCCGUCCACAUCCACACCGUCGAGGAGACGUUCGGCUGCAAACAAUGCCAAGGCGGCGCUCGACUGGUCAUCCGCCGACCACCAGACAGGAGAGAUGGGUCUCCUCUACAUCAUCCUCGCCCUCAUCCUCGUCAACGGCCGCACCAUUUCAGAAGCAACGCUGCACAUGUACCUGCGGCGCAUCCACCUCCAUCCCGAUACGCCGCUGCCGAGCGACCUGCGGGGCACUGGGCCCGCAUUUGGCUCUUCUUCCGGUGCAUCGCAGAGCACACAGACGCAAUCGCGAGGUCGGUCUGUGCCUGGCACGCUGGAAGGCUUCCUGAACUCGAUGGUCAAGCAGUCGUACCUCGAGCGUCAGCGCUCGGAUGUGGCGGAUGUCAUGGAUGCCGCCGUCACGCAGGCGCAGACGCAAGGCAGAAGGCGAGGCCGGACCAGCGGUGGCGGACGCGCUGGAGCCGACGAGGAGUCGAUCGUGUGGGAGUGGCGGUGGGGAAGCCGUGCCGAGGCCGAGGUGGGCGAGAAGCGCAUUGCGGAACUCAUCUCUCAGCUCUUCCUGGAUCCCACUGCCGCGCCUGAUGGAGCCAGCGCCGCCGGUGCAAACGACGACGAAGACACGCAGGCCAUCGAUCGCGAUCGCCUCGCCAAGCGUCGCAAGGUGCUGCUCGCCAACAUCGCCUCGGUCGCCGGCUCCCAGCUUGUAGACUAG